AAACCCUACGAGUCUGGGACGAGGGCUUACCAAAAUUGAGUAUCGGAAUCCAAAAUCCUCUCGGGAAAAAUGGCAGGAGCUGCAGCGCUCUUUCGUUUGGCUCGAUCCCAGGCUACUCGUCUCAAUUCCACCAAUUUCCGAUCAGGUUUUCAUCUGGGUAGUUCUGGGACCUUUCCUUAUACGCAUGCUAAAACGGAUAGCAAUUAUGCACGGCAGCUUGCUACUGUCCAGAAGAGAUGGUUAUCUAAAUCCAUCGCAGCAGAAGAGGAUAACAAGAUUAGCAUUGGACCUCGUAAAGGAAAUGAUGUGGGAAACGAUGAAAAAGACACAGGUGUCAUCUAUUACGGUCCAAUCUCAAAUACCAUCAAGAAAGUGAAGCUUCUCUCCUUGUCGACCUGCUGCCUCUCUGUAUCCUUAGGCCCGGUGAUAACCUUCAUGACAUCUCCCGACAUGAAUGUGAUCCUGAAGGGAGCGGUGGCAUCAACAGUCAUAUUCUUGAGCGCUACUACUACUGGAGCCCUUCACUGGUUCGUGAGCCCCUACAUUCACAAACUCAGAUGGCAGCCUGGCUCGGACAGUUUUGAGGUGGAGAUGAUGUCAUGGCUGGCAACAUAUAUUCCAAAAACUAUCAAAUUUGCAGAUAUCAAGCCACCGGAGACAAAUAGACCAUUCGUGACAUUCAAGGCCAACGGGAACUUUUAUUUUGUCGACACGGAGCAUUGUCAUAACAAGGCAUUGUUAGCAAAGUUAACCCCAAAUAAACCAUCUCACGAUUCAGCCUUCAAGAACUUGUAGUGAGCAUCUCUACCCUUGAGGCUUCCCAGUACUUCGGAGAUUUUGUUGAUAAAGGUACUAAUGAGACAUUUCAUAAAAAUAUUGGCAUAAAAUGACUGCAUUCUCUUUCUUUUGGCUCAAGAUUGUACCAGAAACAGUGGCAAGAGCCAAUUUGUUUGCAGUUUUUACUGUGUUAGAGCUGAUUUUCAUAUAUUCCUAGGCAUAGAUCAUCUCCCUGGAGUGGAUAUUUCAUAUUUGCUAUUGAACUGAUUCAUGGUUAAGCAUUGUUUUGGCCUACAUUGUUAUCAUAUUUAAGUCAGCCCUUUUUUCUUUUA